CCAACCGUUGUCGUCUUCGUAUUUCUCGGUUGAGCCACGCGCUGCGCAGCCCCCGAGCUCGGAUUCUUGCUACAAACAGGGACCCGAAAAUCCGUCAAGCCGCGUCAGCAGAUGCGCGGCCGACCGAACGAGACCAGACUAGUAGCCUGCUCCACAGACGGGCUCCAGAUCAUUGGAUGGAUCAAACAGCCUUGCACGUGAUACGAAUCAUGUGAUUUAGCUGUGAUUACAUAAUAUUCAGCCUGCUCAAUCAAUGCCAAGUAUCAAUUCUGCUUCACCGGCAACGACAAUGACGACGGCGACCGAAGCCGAUCUUCACCCACCGACAGCGAACUGGACACUGUCACUGGCACAGCACAUCUAAUAAAUUGCUACAAGCUAUCAUCUCUAUCAUCGUUAAGAAGGGGUAUUAUCUAGGACAAAAUACGAAUCAUCGGACCCGUCCCUGUUCCGCGUGCUAUAUUGCACUUCGACUUCGAUUGCCGAAUGAGCUACACCAAAAAAAUCAGCACUUGCAUCACAUAAAACGCCAAUAUGCUUCCAUUAGGCCUGCUCACAGCGGCCCAAGGCCACCCCAUGCUUGUUGAGCUCAAGAAUGGCGAAACGCUCAAUGGCCAUCUCGUCAACUGUGACACUUGGAUGAAUUUGACGCUCAAGGAGGUUGUCCAGACAAGUCCGGAAGGGGACCGGUUUUGGAGACUGCCUGAGGCAUACGUGAGAGGGAACAAUAUCAAAUAUUUAAGAGUACCUGAGGAGAUUAUAGAGCUCGCGCGGGAGUCCCAACAACACCAAAGCCAACAAGGAGGCCAUGGCCACGGCCCGCGCGGCAGGGGUGGGCAAGGUCACCGCGGCGACCAAGGAGGCCGGGGAGACAGAGGGCGUGGUCAAGCGAGAGGUGGUCGUGGUGGCGGUCGUGGUAGAGGCGGCAGAGGGCAGAGUUGACGCUGAUGGCACUAAAUGCUACUUGACUUUCCCAGUGUUGUACAACACGUUCUCAAGCGAGCGAAUCUGAUCGUUCAUGGAGCCGGAACUCAAACAGGCAUCCUCAUUGUUAGAGCCAGCCGAUUAUUAUCUGAAGCUACCUGGCUUUUUCUCGUGCCAACCUUCUUUUUAGCUGGCUUCUGUGACCCAUGGUCAAAUCGUACAAGAAGAAGAAAAGAAAACGGGCUCUGCGCCUGCCGAUGAUGGGUUCAAAAACGUCCCGGCUGCGGUCCAUAUCUGGGAAACCGGAAAGAAAAAGUUGCUUUGCCGGACGGGGUUCAUCACAUGGUAGGAUGUCUCAAGACUCCACAGCUAUGCACGCCUAACAUCCGUGCUGGUACCUCGACCACUCCACAGAACAACAAUGAAUCGAAAAAGAAAAAACUUUCGUGGUGCUCG